AUUAAAAGUACAAGAGCCUGUUGCCAAUUGGAAAUUUUUUGAAAAUAAAACAAGUAUCAAUACUAUUAUGAUGGAAGCAUCUUGGGAUGAAGAUGAACUUGAAGAUUUAUAUGUUGAUGUUUGUGCAUUCCCAAUAAUUGGAUCUAACCUUUGUGAAGCUGACAAAGUUGAUAAAAAUUUGAAAUAUCUUAACAUCAUGGGUGCAACAAGCAGAAAAGGACCAUUGGCAAAAAUCUAA